CCCUCGGGAGGGUGAUGAAACAGCAACCAACAUCCCAGCUGAUAUAGUUUUUAUUCUGAAAGAUAAACCUCAUCUUCAUUUCAAGAGAGAUGGAUCCAAUGUAGUUUAUGUCGCCAAGAUUACUCUUAGAGAGGUACAACAGAAGCAGCUCUUGGGUCCUCAAAACUGUGGGCAGCAACUGGGUGAACUGGAGCCACGACUGCGAUGGACAUAAAAGGCAAAGCUCCUGUUGGAGGUCAUGUUACAUCUAUCCAGAGCCCAGCCAAUGUUUCCGUGUUUAAUGGUUAACUAUUAUUUAUCAAAGGAUAAAACCUUUGAGCAGAGGCAGGUAAUCACAGAGCAGCUGACAAUUGCAAAUUCCAGAAGGCUCAUUUAAUAGACACGCAGCUUUUUCUCAACAAUAAGUGCAUUGAAUAUGAGUCUCACCUAUAUAACAUUGGCAACAGACAAGAAGAUGCCAUUAGUUGGGUUGGGAACGUGGAAGAGUUCCCCCGGCCAGGUGAAAACAGCAGUUAGCUAUGCUCUUGAAAUAGGAUACCGGCACAUAGACUGCGCUUCUGGCUACAGCAAUGAGCAUGAAAUUGGAGAAGCUCUCCACGAAAAAAUACAAACCAAUAAAUGUAUCAAGCGGGAAGAUAUUUUCAUUACGUCCAAACUUUGGAACACCAAGCAUCACCCAGAUGACGUAGAACCAGCAUGCCGUAAAACACUAGCAGACUUGCAGGUGGACUACUUAGAUUUGUAUUUGAUGCACUGGCCAAUGGCAUUUGAACGGGGCAACAUUAUGAUGCCAAUUAAUGAAGAUGGAUCAGUGCGUUAUGCUGAUACUGAUUACAAGGAUACUUGGAAGGCCAUGGAAAAAUUAGUGGAAAAAGGUUGGGUCAAGGCACUUGGCUUAUCCAACUUCAAUGCAAGGCAAAUAGAUGAUCUAUUAUCAACUGUAACCCACAGACCAGUUGUUAAUCAGAUUGAAUGCCAUCCUUACCUGAACCAAAGUAAGCUUGUGGACCACUGCACAAAACGUAGUAUUGUGGUUACAGCGUACAGUCCUCUGGGAUCAUCUGACCGUCCCUGGGCCAGACCUGAUGACCCAAAACUGUUAGAAGAUCCAAGAAUACUGGAAAUAGCAAAAAAAUAUGGAAAAUCUCCAGCUCAAGUUAUCAUAAGGUGGCAGUUGCAAAGAGAAGUAGUGUGCAUUCCCAAAAGUACCACACCUUCCAGGAUUAAAGAAAAUAUUGAGGUGUUUGAUUUCAUCUUGUCUGAAGAGGAUAUGCAACAAAUUGAUUCAUUUGACUGCAAUGGAAGAUUGAUAGUCCCAACGAUUGUAAGAGAUGGGGUGAGAGUUUGGAGAGAUUCAAGUCAUCCAUACUUCCCAUUCAACGAUUCUUAUUGAAAAUCAAUUGGAGCCAUGAAAGCAUUCCGGGCAUAUUUUCACAUUUAAAGUCACCUUUCAUUUCUCCUGAAAUUGAUUAAAUUAAUACUAAACAUGAGAAAAUAAUUGAUGUUAAGGACAUAGCAGGUAUUUCAGUACAAUUUACAUAAUCAGUAUAUUCACAGGUGGGGUAAUGAAAAUAGAAAUGCACAAACUUGAUUUUAAAUGUGACAAUAUCAUACAAUACCGAUUAAUAAAAUGUUCUUCUGUAAUAUACAAAACAAAAUGCAGUUGUUGGAAAUCUGAAAUAAAGGAAUCUGCAAGUAAUCAAUGAAUCAAGCAACAUCUGAGGGGAAAGAAAAUCCAAGUUAAUGUUGCACGAUG